CCCCACUUUAUGUGUGGCCAUCCCUACCUGUUGUCUUCUCAAUCUUUCUCUUUCUCUUUCUCUCUCUCUCUCUCUCUCUGCUUGCUCUUCUGCGGCCAAACCCUAUACUUGUUCCCUCCUGAGGAGGUGGGUUUAGUUGUUUUCGAGAAAUAUGAGUAGUAGUACGUCUUCAAUCGCUUCUGUAGUGGAUUCUCGGCCACCGUUCACUGCGGCACAGUGGCAGGAGCUAGAACAUCAAGCUUUGAUAUAUAAGUAUUUGGUUGCUGGACUUCCUGUCCCACCUGAUCUCCUUGUUCCGAUCCGACGAAGUUUGGAAUCUCUGUCUGCGAGGUUUUUUCAUCACUCCGCUUUGGGUUAUUGUUCAUAUUAUGGAAAGAAAAUUGAUCCAGAACCAGGUAGAUGUAGAAGAACAGAUGGAAAGAAAUGGAGGUGUUCUAAAGAUGCAUAUCCUGAAUCUAAAUACUGUGAACGGCACAUGCAUAGGGGUCGUAAUCGUUCAAGAAAGCUUGUGGAAUCUCAAUCGAGCUCUCAGUCUUCUUCUUCAUCAUCAACUGUUGUAUCAAGCUUUUCUGGUAACAGUGGUGGGAGUGGAAGUUUCCAGAGUCUUCCUUUUCACUCCAUUGCUGCUAAUCAAGAAGGCUCUUCAUUAAGAAAUGAUUUAUUGAAGUUGCAGAUGGAACCUUCCCCUUAUGAAUCAACAACUGAUAAGGAGUUUAGGUAUUUCCAAGGGUUGAAGCCUGAAUCAUUCGAACCACAUUUAUCUCUAGAAGGAUCAAGAAAUGUUAGGGUUCUUGGCCAAGAAGCUAAUGUUGAAGACACUUGGCGACUAAUGCCUUCCUCAAAUUCAAGAUACGGUUCUUGUUUGCAGAACGAAACGCCUCAGCUUUACAUGCGCCCUGAUCACGAGCCAAUCAAUGACACACUUAUGUCGAAACAACAACAACAUUUCCUUUUCAGGAGUGAUAUUUCAUCGAUGGGGAAAGAGGGGCAUCAUGCUAUGAGGACUUUCUUGGAUGAGGGACCAACUGGUAAUAAUAAAGGUUUGUGGCCGAAUUUAGAUGGUCAGAGGUACAAUAACAACAACAACAACGACGACGACAAAAGUUCCUUCUCUAACACUCAGCUGUCCAUUUCUGUACCCGAAACUUCAUCUGAUAUCUCUACUAGGAAUUCUUCUCCAAAUGAUGCUUAAAAGGAAGCAAAUUUAUGUUGGGAUGUGGCUUUGCAAAAUAAACAAUGUUAGUUUUUUCAAGUGGGUUCUUUUGUUUAUCUGGCUUUGAUGCUUUUAUCACUAAUCUCCGAGUCGAUUGCGAUUUACUGUGAUUUGUUGUAAUCCUCUGAGAAAACAAAAAAUUAUCUAUUUCUCGUUUCCUAGCACAAAUCGAAGGCACGUGAACAUAUCUCGAAUAAAACGCGAGUGCUGCUUUUCCUUGUUUA